UACAUCGAACUAAAUAAAUUCUGCUCUCCAGUACCCCUGAUCAGUUACAGUUGAAAAUUUGCAGUAGUCUAACACAGGUGACACACAUCCAAAAUGGUCCAAGGAAUGCAUCAUCUCUUUAUCUUAAUUUAUCUGCUGACCAUCGCGUGCAAUGCCACUCUCGAGCAGCCGAUCGAACAGCAGACACAGUUGGCCGAGACAGAAAAGGACCCAAUACCACCGAUCUACAACACACCGCCCCAACCACCGGUCAAGAUACUGCGCGAAACCAGCCCCAUCACGCAGCGGGAAAGCAUGCCAAUGUCCGACGAAGAUUUGCAGCAGUCAGCCGCAUACACGUACAGCUACUAUCGGCCGGUGUACCACCCGGGCGUAUACUACUCCUACUACCCACGGUAUCGUUGGUACAGACCGUACUACUACUACCACAACUGGUGGUAUUAUUGAUUUGCGGAAAUGGUUUUCGUUUCGAAUGGAUUUUAGAGCGCACAAACGACGAACAAUCUAAUGGCAGUUGAAAUGUUAUUAAACGAAACAAACCACCAAAA